UAGUACGAACGGCGUCAGAGCCGAAACCAUGGCGGUGACCAAAGAGCUCUUACAGAUGGACCUGUACGCCCUGCUAGGGAUCGAUGAGAAGGCUGUGGACAAAGAGGUGAAGAAGGCCUACAGGCAGAAGGCCCUCUCCUGCCACCCAGACAAAAAUCCUGACAAUCCCAGAGCAGCUGAACUCUUCCACCAGCUUUCUCAAGCCUUAGAGGUACUGACCGAUGCAGCAGCCAGGGCUGCAUAUGAUAAGGUCAGGAAAGCCAAGAAGCAGGCAGCCGAGAGGACCCAGAAACUUGAUGAAAGAAGGAAGAAAGUGAAGCUUGACCUGGAGGCCCGAGAGCGGGAGGCCCAGGCCCACGGGAGUGAGGAGGAGGAGGAAAACCGGAGCACCCGGACGCUGGAACAGGAGAUUGAACGCCUACGAGAAGAGGGCUCCCGGCAGUUGGAGGAACAGCAGAAGCUGAUCCAGGAGCAGAUACGUCAGGAACGGGAACAGAGGUUGAAAGGAAAGGUAGAAAAUACUGAAGGCAAAAGCACUCCCAAACUAAAACUAAAAUGGAAGUGCAAGAAGGAGGAUGAGUCCAACGGUGGCUACUCCAAAGAUGUCCUCCUGCGGCUUUUUCAGAAGUAUGGUGACGUUCUCAACCUGGUGCUUUCCAGGAAGAAGGCAGGCACAGCAGUGGUGGAGUUUUCGACCAUUAAGGCUGCAGAGCUGGCUGUCCAGAACGAGGUGGGCCUGGUCGAGAACCCUCUGAAGAUUUCCUGGUUGGAAGGACGGCCCCAGGGCACGGUGGGCCUUGGCCACCCAGGACUGUCACAGGGCUCAGUACUAUCGGAGAGGGACUAUGAGAGUCUCGUCAUGAUGCGCAUGCGCCAGGCAGCUGAGCGGCAGCAGUUGAUCGCCCAGAUGCAACAGGAGGAUGAGGAGGGGCCGCCCACGUAGCACCCCCCGCCCGCACCCCUCUUUCCAGUUCCGCCCAUUUUAUAGCCAUCACCAAUAAACUUUUUUUUUUU